AUGAAAGUUCUUGAAGACGUUGUUGCAGGAACUUCAUUUUCGAGCAAGCAGAGAGCAACUGCCGGGGGACUUUUUGAAUCGUUCGAGAAAAAGCAAAUUAUGGCAACAGCUUAUCUUUUCCGUGAAAUUUUCGUAAUUACGGGCCCUCUAAGUCGAUACUUACAAAGUGUUAAUGUAGAUCUUGGUAAAGCGUUAGCUAUGAUCGACAGCUCUCUUUCUCAACUUCAAAGAUUACGUAGCGAACCAGAAGAGAUAAUUAGAAUUUGUGACAAUGAGUGCGGUCCAGUUGAAUGGAAAGAAACCAGGGUGAGAAGUCGAAGAGUAAUGGAUGGUGAGAUUGCUAGAGAUGAACCAGAGGCGACACCCCUUGCUCACUGGAAACGCGAAACAUUCCAUGUUGCUGUUGACACCGUCAUCAAUUCGAUGAGAAAUCGUUUCGAGAAGAACCGGCCAUUAUUGCAGUCGCUUGCACUGUUUUCUCCAAGUGGCUUCCCCGAGCUUGUGGAGAACUUCCAAAAUGCCCGCGACUUGGAAGCCAGCAUAACCAGUUUCUGCACGACAUAUCGCAUCGAUCCAUCGCGCUGCGCCGAAGAGCUGUUCACCUUUGCACCUUCAUUCUCGAAGUUCAACCGCUCUCUUUUCGUUUUUCCCAAAGAAAGAAAGGAGGAUUUUGACGAAGUCGAUGGCUCUGAUUCUGAAGAAGAAUAUUAUGAUGAGAACGAUCAUGAUGACUCAGAUCAAGAUGAAGAAUCAGACGAAGACACCUCAUACGACACAGCUCGGAACAAAGAUGUACGAUCUUUUCUUGAGGCCCUCAGAAUCCUGUCGCAUCCUGAUUACCACCUGGUCGAUGCAUAUCCCACACUUUGUAAAGUGUACGCGAUUGCAGUUGCAAUCCCCAUCAGUUCUGCCACUGCUGAGCGCUCAUUCUCAGCACUUAAGAGAGUGAAAACUCGAAUUCGGGCAACCAUGUUGCAAGGACGAUUGGAAGCCUUACUUUUGAUGGCUGUUGAGCGGGGAAUUUUACAUUCUCUGGACAAAGAGCGCAUUAUUGACGUCUUUGCAAAGACGUCAAUGCAACUAUCAAAAGCACUUUUGUAAAUUAACAUUUUUUCUAAUGAAACUUUGUCCUUAUUAAUUCGUAGAACUAUAAAACUAUGUGAACAUUAAUCAAUAAUAUCUCUCGCACACAGUUUUGUUCAGUCGUUGACCAAUUUCCUAUUUGGUGUAUAUCCACAUAUCCAAAAAAACUUAUACCUUUACUUCUCAAUGCAUUUGCAGUUUAUUGAUCUAAAUAUUUUGCCAAAACGCAAGAAAUGGCUUUUCAGGCACUAUUAUUUCCAAAUUUUCCAAGGGCACGCCCCAGACCCCCAUGCGCAUCUCGUGUCUAUGACGCUCGCCAUAUGCAGAUUGCAAGGACGAAAGGGGGCGCCAAAUUCCCAGCUGGCCUCCCCUGGCGAACACGGGCCAGCACGCCACUGUGGUACACACAGGCUGGCAAUGGUCCAUAGUGGAAAGUUCGUCACUUUAGCCGGAGAUCUUCCGCGGCAGGUCAAUUUGAAAAAGUGCUACUGCGGUAGUUUAUUGCGGCAGGCCAACUUUGAAAAUUCCGCAUGCGGUAGAGUUUUGCGGUAUUUUAGCAAGGAAAUUCCUAUUGCGGAAGAAUAUUGCGGAAUAUAUAUACAACAUUGACUUUGUCACGGGAAUUCGGAAAAUAGGCAAUGUUUUCAUGAGCGACUGUUCAUCGUUAGUUGCAAGCGACGCUAUUUGCCUGAAAAUGCCUGAUUUUCAAAUUCUCCCAAAGCGGGAAAACAGCCAAACAUGUGACAUUGAAACACUAUCACAGUGCAUUGAAAUUAGAAAUGGCUUCAACUCCUUCAAGUAUUUAUGCUGAGGAAAAGCAAAGUGAGUCAAGUAAGUAA